CAUCAUCUUCAUCCAAAAUGACUGAACAGGCAUCAACAACUCCCUCACUUGAUCCUACUCCAUCAAUCGCUCAGAAUGCUGCUCCAAGCUUAUUCAACUUGCAAGGCAAACAUGCUUUGAUCACAGGUGCAACGAGAGGAAUUGGUGCUGCUUGCGCUUUAGCAUUGGCACAAGCUGGUGUACGUUGUUGUCUGGUGGUCAGACCUGGAACUCAAACAGAAGCCGUUUUAAAACCUUUACCAGGAUCAAAUCAUACAACAGUUGAAGCUGAUUUGAGCGAUAUGCAACAAGUCAAAAGUAUUUUUGAUCGUGCUCUUCCUUUGUUGGAAAACAAGAUUGAUAUUUUAGUAAAUUGUGGUGGAAUUCAACGUAGAAGUCCAGCAGUUGAUUUUGCAGAACAAGAUUGGAAUGAUGUAAUCAAUGUCAACCUUAACAGCGUCUUCUUUCUUUGUCAAGCUGCCGGUAAACACAUGAUUCCAAAAAGGCAAGGAAAGAUUAUAAACUUUUGCAGUUUAUUAUCUUAUCAAGGUGGUUUAACCGUUCCGGCUUAUGCAUCAGCCAAAGCUGCAGUUGCAAAUCUUACUCGAUCACUUUCCAACGAAUGGAGUAAACAUAAUAUCAACGUUAAUGGAAUAACACCGGGUUACAUUGCAACAGAUAUGAAUGAGAAACUACUAGCUGACCCAGUUCGUCUUCGUCAAAUUUCUGAACGUAUUCCGGCUGGCAGAUGGGGAAACCCGGAUGAUUUUGCCGGUCCAAUCUUAUUCUUAGCAAGUGAGGCAAGCAAGUAUAUCUCUGGUGAAGUUUUAGUUGUUGACGGUGGCUGGAUGGGCCGUUGAAGUCGAUUUCGAAAAUAGAACAAGUCGAUCCGAAAGAGGGUGGACAAAAACGAAUUGAUUUUACAAUCUUGUCUAUAAUUCACUACCAUUUUUGAUCGUACAAAAGCGUGUUGCUCUUAAUCUGUAUCACCAUCGCCAUUGAGUAUAUGGCUUCGUAGACACGGGCAAUACCAUAAGCCUUUCUGCU